GCAACUCAGUAUAUAAAGGUAAAAUGAGAAUAAAUGUAUCUUUAACUCGUUCCAAUAGCUGACAUCUAACUCUACUCACUUUUGAUUUUCUCACAGCCACUAAAAGCAUCCUUCAUGAUGGAACCACCGAAACACCAGCUACGCAUUGUCUCUUGGAACACUAUAGGAAUCAGGUACACAAAAGAAAAAAGCUCCAAGCUCCAGCUUGUGUUGGAUAAUCUCAUCAGAUUGAAGGCUGAUGUUGCCUUUCUACAAGAGACUCAUAUUGGACAAAAGUGUUACAAAGCACUGGAGAACAUAACAGGUUGGAGGUCUUACUUCACUGUCCACCAUCCUCGCAGCAAAGGAGUUGCCAUCUUGAUAAAGAAUGAAACAAUAUUUCGCUACCUUUGCCAUGACGAGGAUUACAGUGGAGGCUAUAUUGUCCUCUUCUGCCGUUUUCAUGCUCGGUUGUAUACUCUUGUUAAUGUGUAUAAUCAUCAGGCAGACAGAUAUAUGCUGGGCAGACUGAGAGACUAUUUGACAGCUAUUAACACUAAAGGUGUGCUUGUGGUUGGUGGAGACUUCAACACAGUUCUAGACCCAGCAUUUGACAGGAAAUCAUCAGCAGAUCAAGCAUACCAAUCCUCAUUAAGAAGCCUUCUAGAAGAUUUCACACAAUUUCUGAGUCUCAAAGAUGUAUUUGCAGCAGUGCACCCAAUGAAAGAAGGCUUCACGCGAUCUCAAAGUCAGAGUCAUUCAAGGCUGGAUAUGUUUUUUCUGCCAGAGAACAUAACACAUCAUGUCGAAAAAUGUGAGAAUGUUAAAGGAACAAUGAGACAAUCCACAACUGGAAACAAAAGGAUCUCUGAUCACGAUCCUUUAGUUUUAGAUCUAAAAGUUUCUCCCCUCGUGGAAAAUAAAAUACCGGAAGUCGCCUCAAUGUUAAAGGAAUUUCAGUAUCGUGGAGCUCCAGAUAGAAGAACUGGGAAAAUAAAUGCUGCAGAAAUACUGAAUGCCAUCAGAUCUUUACCUGAUUCACAGCAGAAAACUCCAGAUAAGCUCAGUGUUUAUGACUACAAGAAGAAUGACCUUCCACUGACAGAAAUCCUAAAGAUAAACUACAACUUGAUGCUCAGGGUUAAUCAUGUUCCUGAAUGUUUCGUAGAGUCAUUGCGUAAUUCAGACGGUACACAUAGUUGCAACAUUGACUAUUUGAUUUUCACUCGCAUUUUAGCCAAACGCCUAAAGGUGUUUCUAACAUCUUCUUUUAGAAAAGUAAGCAGGGUUUCACACAGUGGUUGCAUUAUUGUAACUUUAGCAAAACGCCCACAAAAAAUCAAAAGGUCUUUCUUGCAGGAAAGUCUCUCGUCUCUUAAACACAUUACUCCUACAGCUCCAAAAGAUUUCACCAUUCUGGAGAAUCUCCUCCCCAAGUCUAAUGACUCCAGAAAACUCCAUCAAGGCUGCACUCUGAGCGCAAACAUUCUCACAAUGGCAUUGAAACACCUGGGAAAUAAGAUUAAGGCAACAAGCAAAAGCUCUGGCAACAUCAGUAUCUGCAACCACAGACAGUCCUUGUUAAUCUAUACAGAUGAUGGGAGAAUUGGCAGGAUUCUAAAAUUGUUGAAAGAAUUUAAGAAAAGUUCUGGUUUAAGAAUCCAUUUCAGCUACAAGCCACGAUCAUCAGGGUCCAGACACAACCUAUCGGGCAAGUUAGGUUCAAAAAAUACCAAACAGACAUCAAAGCUGACAGGAACUGGUUAAAAAAAAGGUCAAAACUAAUCAAAUCAACAUCAAAAUAUAGGCAUGGUGUUGAUUUCAUUCGUUCAUUUAUUUUCCUUUGGCUCAGUCCCUUAUUUAUUAGGGGUCGCCACAGCAGAAUGAACUGCCAACUAUUCCACCAUAUGUUUUAUGCUGCAAACGUCUUUCCAGCCACAACCUAGUCUGGGAAAUUGUGUUGAUUUGAUAUACCACAAGAGCAAACGUAGCUAUUUUUCAUUCAAAAUAGUUACAUUUUAAACAUGUCAGUUUAGUGCAAAUUCAUAUGAGUUCAGUCAAACAAAAAUGUAUAAUUUUAAAAAGGACGCGUGGCACCCAACGCCGCCCCUAAAUAUGAUUUCAUACGAAUUAGCCACUAAAUGAAAAAGUUACGAAUUGCCGUGUGAUAGCAUUGGAUAUACAGCAUCAUACAAAAUAAUGUCCCACAUAAAACCAAUAUUAGUUUUUAACUUUAUUUUCACCAGUGAGAAGUUAUAAGAAUGUUAUACCAAAUUACAGCAUUAUGAUCAGAUCUUGACUAAUAUUUAAUGUCAAACUGAUAUUAAAAUACCUGGGAAACACCUUGCGUGUCUCUUUUUAAAAGUAUUUUAAGUUUUUAUGUGUCUUUCGGUGAAAGUAUUGUUUUAUUUAUAUUUCAACACACAAAUAAUAAUGUCUCUUAUUUGAAAACUGAACUGAAAUAUAAUGCGUCAUGCUGACAAAUGUUUUCCGAAUGCAUUGUGAAUUACCAAGAACUUACAAUGAACAACUUAAUUUUCAUUAACUAACGUGAACAAAGAUGAGUAACAUUGUGAUGACUAUAUUGUUCAAUGCUUGUACAGAGGAAUUGUGUCCUCUGUAGUGGACAUUAUGUUUUCAAGAAUUUUCUUCGAAUUUUUUGAGCUACUCUGUCAAGUCCUGUUGUACUGUUCAGAGGACGUCCUGGGCUUUCUAGUGAUUUCAUUGGCUAGCAUGCUAGGAAACACUUUACACUGCAUACAAAAUGGCCGGCAUACAAACAAGCACAUUUUAUGGGAAGGAGAGAAGUAUGUAAAAUUUAGCUUUAUAAAUGUUUUUUUUACUUUUAUUAUUACAUAUAUAUUUGUUUAUUAAAGUGUCAGGAACAGGAAAGCUGUUAAAUUGUUUGUGUUUCAAAAUAUCAUCCUUUUUUUAAAUGUCCACUAUAGAGGACACCAGGAUCAUCCUAAUCUAAUUAAUGACUGCAUGUUGUAGGAGGCAGAACUGAAGCAGAGAGGAUUCUUUAUAAGAUGGUUGAGGGAGACUCUGACUUAGAGUCUGAGAAUCAGACAAUUAGAGAAUUAGAGACAAUUAGAGAAUGAAAAUCAGUUUUAAAUAGCUUUUAUGUUAAAUUUGUUUUGGAUUAACAUCACUUUUUUUUUUUUAGUUCGACUCUCUUUCAUACUAAACUGUUUCAGGAAUUUCAAUACAAAAGGAAAAAAUGGCUUUUGUUUAGUUUUUGUUACAGUAAUAUUGGGAUUAAUUUCCCUUUACAGCCAUAUCCUGUACUGUUUUGUUGUCUGAGUUUGGCAGUGGUUUCGAACUAAAAUGGUCCUGUGGUCCAAUACAGUGGACAUGUUGUAAAAUUAAAAAUAAAAACAAAAUGUAAAAACUCUAAAUUUGUUUUUACCCCAAAGGAUGUAUCAAAUCACAGGGAAAAAUAUUCUUUGGGUCUCAGGAGGAUAUUAGUAAAUACAUUAACAUUAAUUGACCAAUAAAGUGCUACUGUGUAAUCUUAUCAUUCACAAACUUUUGUGAAUGUUAUUAAAUGUAUAAUUGAACUGUAUUAAAAAUAAUAUUAAAAAUGUUCUACAAAGUGGCAGUUUGGCAUGUUUUCCCAGCAUAUUUACAGUGGGAAAAAUAAGUAUUUAACACGUCACCAUUUUUCUCAGAAAACAUAUUUCUGAAGGGAGCCGCACACCAAAUGUGCCGCACCAAGUAGAGCCAUGCAUUUUAGAGUUCUAAACAUAGGGUUUCAUCUUCAUUAUCCUGCUAAUGUAAAUGUUGGACUGAAGCAGUGACAAUGAGGAAGGGCAGAGGGUUGCUGAAUAACUACUGAGAGAAUUCAGCUGCUGUCUGGGCUUUCACUCACUUUCUACACCUCCCUUUCUUCAUGUGUUCAAUACUUUUCCCCCCUGUGUCAUUUCAUUUUAUUACACGUAACUUCAUUUGUAAACUAAUUAGAUUUGUUUUCCUUGCAUAUGAAUUUCUUUGGUUGUUACCAACAUUCAGGGAAAAUUUCAAGCCAACAGCACCUUUAAGCGGGUCGCACACUGGAUGCACCGCUCAGUGCCACUACACGGUGCGCACAUGACAGUUAAAAGUAUUGCACACCAGACGCGUACAUUCGAAUGUUAUUUAAUAUAAAACUAUUUAGAUGGCGCUUUGUUGCAUAGCAGAAAUAUGAACAGUGUUCUAAGUUGUAGCUGGGCGCCUCAAACAGCCGCAGACUUGUAGCGCUGUUCUGCGUACCCUGAGAGAAACAGAGUUGACAUUUCCGGAAGACAAUGACCCAAAAGACAGCCAAGGAUACUCUCAAAUGGUCUCAGAGAAAGAAAAUCAAGCUGUAGAAUGGCCCAGCCAAUCACCUGACUUGAAUCCAUUAGAAAAUAUAAAAUAAAGAUCAGAUUUGAUAGACAAGACCAACAGAAUCAUCAGGAUUUUUACACUGUUGAAGUCUGUGAAAAAAACUCA